AUGGCGAAAGACGAAUUCAAUUUUGACAAGGAUGAGCGGGUACUCUGCUAUCACGGUCUUCUACUCUACGAAGCCAAGAUUAUUAAACGAGAGAUACGUCAAGAAGAUGCACAAGAAGAAGAAAAACCGUAUUACUGGGUGCACUACAAAGGAUGGAAGCAAACGUGGGAUGAAUGGGUGUCUGAUGAUCGCGUGCUAAAGUGGACCGAACCGAAUCUUCAGAAACAACAACAAUUAAAAGAAAUGCACGCGCGACGGAAACCUUCCUCACGAUCAAGCUCUACGAUCUCACGGCAAGACAGUGCCGAAGUACGUGGUCGAACGCGCAAUCGUGACAGCAGUACAGACAAAACACGCGCGGAAGAAGAAUCAAUACGACGAUCUGAAUUCAAGCUACCGAUUCCAGAAUUGCUUAAAGGACAUUUAGUGGACGAUUGGGAAAACGUGACAAAAAACCAACAACUAGUACCUCUCCCACGCACACCAUCUGUCUCUGAAAUACUAGGACAGUACUAUCAACAUGCCCGUGGCCGGGAGGACGAAACGCUUCAGUCUGUUAUCGAUGGUGUAAAGCUCUACUUUGACAAGUCAUUAGGCACAUCGCUGCUCUACAAUGCCGAGCGGAAGCAGUUCGAAGAAGAGGUACAGGCGGCCCACAAGACGCCUAGUGAUGUGUACGGGAUUGAGCAUCUGCUCCGUCUGUUUGUGAAUAUGCCAACACUUAUGAGCCAAUCGAACGUGGAUCCAGAAACACUGUCGCUGUUGAAAGGGUCCUUCUUCGACCUUCUAAGGUAA